CACACACAUUCCCCCCGUAUGUUAGUAUUUGGUGUAUAGCAGUUAGAACGAGCGCUGGUUUGAGGUUUAGAGAGACCGGGCUGUAAGUAGGUCGGGCUGGGUUUAAGCGGCUUUAGCCUGCGUCAGCCUAAGCUGGGAGGAAUUCACCCAAAGCCCUCCGCGGUAGGCGGGGGCCUAAACGAGGCUGGCCUAGUUAAGCCUGAUUCUUAUUGUUGCCGUGUGUGUUGUGUAACACAGAGCAGAGAAGACCUCGGAUGAGAGAGAGUACAUGCGUUAGACAGAGACUGUUUGAUUGAGAUUCCAUGAAGGGGGAGAAAGAAGAGGGACAAGGAAGAGAGUGAGUGAGAGUUAAACCAGUAUUAGCCUGAGCCUCAUCACAGAACAGAAAGAAAAGGGAGGUAGAGAACCAGACCAAAUCUCAAAAGGAGAGGAAAAGAAGCGAGAUAUUGUGUUGAGUUAGUGCUGGUGUCUAGGCCUGGCUCGGUCCAGUCUGGUUCCCUGGGCUAUGUUCUAAGAUGGCGUCUGGGUCCGUCUACAUGUCGUCCAGUAUGGUGGGUAAGGCUCGCUCGUCCAACUUCACCCUGUCUGAGAAACUGGACCUGCUGAAGCUGGUCCGCCCACACAUUCUCAUCCUGGAGGAGCACACCAACAAGCACGCUGUCAUCGUGGACAAGAACAAGUGCUGGGACACAGUGUCUGAGCAGUACAACGUCCUGGGGGGGGACAGGCCCCCCCGCACUGCCCAGGGCCUACGCACCCUCUACAAGAGGCUGAAGGAGUCGGCCAAACAGGAAGUGAUGCAACGGAGACACGCCCAGCCAGAGUACAGAGGGAGUAUAUCUGAACCAACCAGGAGAGUGAUGGAGAUGAUACCUCACCUUUUCCAUCACGGAGCUAUCCACCAUGAUAAAGACCCAGCAACGAUGCACAGGAUGAUGUAUAAGCAUGACUCUCCUAUGGAGCAACCUGGCAGCAGCUCCUCCCUCCCAGACUAUCCAUCAAACCCCGUCACACACCACCUGGACCAGGAUGUGGUCAGGCUGGACCAGGAUGUGGUCAGGCUGGACCAGGAUGUGGUCAGGCUGGACCAGGAUGUGGUCAGGCUGGACCAGGAUGUGGUCAGGCUGGACCAGGACGUGGACGUGAAGCCUCCGCCAGACCUGACCAUCCUCUCCACGCGUGUGGGGGUGGUGCUAGGAGGAGAGGGGGCGGAGGAGGAAGAUGAGGAGUUGGGCAGUGUCCAUGGUUAUGACGGCUCUCUCUCUCCCUGCCCAUCCUCCGUCGUCCUGCCCCUCUCCACCUCACCCGUUCCACUGCAACGUGACCUUUACCCUCAUGACCACUACCCCCGCCGUGACCCUGACAGGCUCCAUCCCCUUCAGCUGGCCAAGGAGGAGCACGAGCAGGUCAUGACCAAUCACAGAAAGAUGGGCGUAUACCUGGAGGAGAAGAGGGAGGGGCUAAAGAGGAAGCAGGAACUGGAGGAGGAGCUUCUGAGAGCAAAAAUCAAAGUAGAGAAACUGAGGGCAGCCAGGCUGAGACAUGGACUACCACUGCCCCUAUAACUAACACACUCAUUGCCUGAUUGGACUGACCAUUUGGCACUCAGGAGGAUGCUCUGAAUUGUUUGUAUUUCUGUGUUGAAUGUUUAGCGUGUGGAAGAGGGGUUUGGCCUGAGAAAUAAUGUUUGUGUGAUGAACAGUGAGUUUGAGGCAGGAUUUAAAGGUCCAAUGCAGCCUUCUCUAUCUCAAUAUCAAAUCAUUCCUGGGUAACAAUGAAUUACCUUACUGUGAUUGUUUUCCAUUAAAAUGAUCAAAAAGAGACAAAAAUAGAUUCUUAGCAAAGUUCAAUUUCUCAAGUAAGAAUUUUUCUAGGGAUUGUCUGCGAGUGGUCUGAGUGGGGAGGGGAAAACUGAAAACAAACUGUUAUUGGCAGAACAGUUUGGAACUCUCUUUCUUAUUGGUCUAUUAACACAUUUAUGGUUAUGUCACCAGGCAGGUCAAAACUCCAUCCCAUCAGAACAGGCUGAAAUUUCAGCCGAUGUUUUUAAACAUCUCUUACGCUAAAAAGGCAUUAUCAUUAAUUUCACCAUUUCACAGUAUUCCAAUCUCAUAGUGUGGAAAUAUACAGUACCAGUCAAAAG